UGAUGACCUCAGGGUAAACUGCCGCUAGGCUGAGGAAAAUGGAAUGGCUGCUAGUGGGCCUGCUUGGAGCUGAGGGGGACAGGGGACUUCUCUGGGACCAGCUGAUCCAUGUCCUGACCUGCAGACACUGUGGCAGCAGCUGCCUCCAGAGUCCAGGGAAUCUGGUGAUACUAUUCUUGUUCACGGUUUGGCAGAUCCGGAGGUGGUGGCAGUUUGGAAGGUGGCAACAGCUUCAGCUCUGGUACUCUGGGAACAAGAUGCAAGGCAAGGGCCUACUGCUUCUGUACCAUGUGGCUUUCCUUGAUCACCUGUGGAAGCAGAAGUCAGAGGAGGAGGAGGAAGAGGAAGAUGAAGAGGAAGAAUCUCUGGAUCCACUGAAGCCAUGUUCUCUUCCCAAAGAAGCUCCUAUUGAAAAGCAAGCCACCACAGCCCCAUUCCAGCCAUCUUGUGGUUCUGAGGGCCUCCAGAAGGCCAUAGGGACAGCAGAGCAAGUACUCAUGCAGACCCCAACCCCUUCCACAUCCUUCCCCACCUUUCAGAUCCUGACCAACCUGCCCGUGAGGCACAAGACAGCAUCAGGCAGUCGUCUACAGCAGAGGAAAAGCCAGGUCUUCUGGGGUCUCCCCUCUCUGCACAGCGAGUCUUUAGAGGCCAUCUUCCUGAGCUCAGGUGGCCCCUCUCCCCUGAAGUUGUCUGUUGGUCCUUCUGUUUUCUUCAACAAACUUGCCUUCCUGCCUAGGUCCAACCUGUUGCUUGCCCAGUAUUGCUCCCCAACCCAGCUUCCUACCCAUGAAGUCCAGACUAUGAAAGAUCUGGAAGGAAUGGCCCCUGAUCCUCGGCAACUUCCCCUUCCAUCUUCCCCUCCUCUCCCAUCACUAUCCCUCCAUCUUAAGUCCUUUCCCAUGGACCAUAAGGGAGUCCUAUGUUGCACUGAGGCACAUACACAGCAGCUUACACGGCAGAGAGAAGUCCCUUGGGUCUCUGAGGAUCAAGCCCUGCACCCACAGCCUAAACUCCAGAUAACCAGACCCUCCAAGUUCUUCCCUUCAUCUGAGGUCUGGUGGAAGGUGUCAUGGGAUUCCAGCCUCCAACAACACAUUCUAGAUUCACUCUCUGCCUCUCUGCUGUAUCCCUCUAGCCUUCUGGGAGUUAUGACUAGUUUUGAGGCCCCCAAAGCCUCUGAGCCAGCAAUGCUAGCUCCCAGUCCAAUACCAGCCUCCCUGCCAGAACUCCAGGGAGUCUGCCCUAAAGGAGACCUGACUGGAUCUAAGGCCCUGUGGGAAACCAGGAAGCAGAAAGAGAAUCCUCAGAUCUCUGAGCCUCCAGUGCUGGUCCCUUGCCAAUCUGUAGACCUCAUGACAGAGCCUCAAGAAUAUAAGACUCAUUGGGGAACCAGAGGACAUAAAGAGAGUCCUCAAGCAUUUGAGCCCCCAAUGCCAGCUCCCUGCCAACUCCCAAAUUCUCUGUCAGAACCCCAGAAAGUCAGCCCUGAAGGAGGACCUUCUGCACCUAAGGAUUUCUGGGGAACCACGGGGCACAGAGAGAACCCUCAAGCCUCUGGGUCUCCACUGCCAGCCCUCUACCCUCCCUCAGGCCCCCUGCCAGAAUUCCAAGUAGGCAGUCUGCUGGGAGAUCCAUCUGGAUACAAGCCCCAGUGGGAACAAAGAGAAAAUUCAGGAAACCCUUGGGUCUCUGUUCCCCUAGCCUUGGACCUCAACCCAGGGCUCUGUGGAACCAGACCUGCAUGUGUCCCAGAAGGAUCUGAAAUUCCAUGCAAGGGCAUGCAGAAUAGAGAAAAUCUUUGGGUCUCUGCAGACCCAGUAUCAUCUCCCAGACUUCCCUUGGCCUCUCUGCUGGAGUCCCUAGGAAUGGUCCCACAGGGAGUCUUGUCUGAGUCUAAAGCUUUGUGGGAGACCAUGGGACAGAGAGAGAACCUCUGGACCUCUGAGUCUCUAUCCCUUGCCCACAGCCCAUCUCUAGCUCCCAUUCUAGAACCCCACAGAGUCAAUCCUGUGGGAGGCCCCACUAAAUCAGAAGCUGCAGGGAAGGACGUGGAGCAUUCCAGGAAUUCCUGGGCUUCUGAGCCUUCAUCUCUGACCCUCAGCCCACCCUCAGCUCUUGUACUGGAGCCUCUCGGAGUUAACCCCGUGGGGGUCCUGUUUGAUUCUGAGGCUAGAUGUAGGGACAUACAACAGAGAAAGAAAUCCUGGGUCUCUGAGCUCUCAGCUUGCAGCUUACCCCAAGACCCAGAUGGAGCUAGUCCCUUGGGAGUCCUGUCUGACUCUGUGCCUGCUGGAAAGGAUAUGAAGCAAAAGGAAAUCUAUUGUGUUCCUGUGUCCCCAUUGUGGGGCCCCAGUCCACCCCCAAACUCUAUGUCAAAGUCUCACAUAAGUGAGCCUCUUGGAGACCAACCCAACUGUAAGCCUGAGGAGGAAGCAGCAGAGCAGAGAGAGAAACGCUGGGCCACUGAGCUCCCAGCCCCAAACCCCAGCUCACUCCCUCCUCCUCUACCAGAUCCAUACAUUGACUUUGAGUUCAUGUGGAGAAAUGUGCAACAAAGAGGGAUCCCUCAAGAAUCCAGCCCUCCAGCAGUGGAUCCCCUGCAGCCAAUACCCUGGCCUCUCACCCUAGCUGAAGCUCUGAAGAUUGAGCCCAACAAGACUGGCCUACUGAAGGGAGAGCAGUUAGGGGCUAAGGCAGAGACUCCAUCCUCCCGGGGAGAGGCUGUCCCAGAGGUGCCCUCCCUCUCUGGGAUCCAGGCCUGGCACUGGAGUAAAGAGUUGGAACUCAGACUGAAGAAACUGCAACAGAGCCUUGCUUCCAGAUCCCCUGACCCAAGUCAAUCAUUUGGCAGCUCCUGUGCCUUGAGUUCCACAACUUUAGGCACAUGCAGACUCUCUUCCUGCCCCCCACAGGAAGGCAGGAAUCCUCCCCAGCUGUGCCCUCACUCUUCAAGCUGCCAUGCCCCUAAAGUUCAGAGCACAGUAACUCAGCCUGUCCAGGUCUCCCACUGUUAUCAUUCCCAUUCCUCUUCCCAUUCUCAGCUACAAGGAUCUGGCAGGGCAGCACAAGGGUCUCAGAGAGAGGAAAGAAUGAAGGCGAAGAUGGUGGCCCAGGUCUCAUCCCAGGGGCCAUGUGUUCAUAUGGAGCCUGGUGAGAACUGCCUAGGCCUGAAACAGCCCUCAAACCCUGAGGUUCCAGCCUCAGGCAAGAGACAGGACAAGGCUUCAGCCCCAUCUUCAGCCAAAAAGAGAGACAGCCCCAGGAAACCCAAAGCAGGAGGCCACAGAGGAGGGGAUGCAAGACUGGGGUCAUCUACAGUUACAGGGAAGAGCCACCCAGCCCAGGCCAGAUUAGCAGAGGCUUCUGUAAGCAGACUUUCCCAAAGAUCUCAGCACAGGGACCAGAGCUCUCGACACACUGCUCUCCUCCAGCAGUCUCACUCCAAGGCUGUCGGUCCCCAGGGUCAACGAGGGCCAGGGCUGGGAGCUGGUGACAUCCUGAACCCUCAGCACUGUAAGCACUGCCCUUGGGCCCACAUGGAGAAGGAUCUGUCCUCUCCCACACCUCAGGCUCCCCUUUCUAGGGGUCUCCAAAAGGUGUUAGCCAAGUUUCUGGGUACCCAUGGACCCCUGCCCAUCACAUCCAGUCAGCAGAAGAAAGGCUGGUAAUACUGGCACCAAGUACCCCAAGACCUGAAGCCAAACGAGUCAAGGGGUGGAGAAACAAGCAGCAGAAAUCCUAAUAAACUAGGUGAAUUAGACACAUCCCACUCAUGUCUUCUUUGGAGUCUGGGGUGCUGGAAAUGUAAGUUCUCUAUUAACUUCGGCUACAGCCAUAUCCCCUCAGGAUCAAGUCCCAGAAGUACAGACCUCAGGAUUCUGCAGGCUUAACUCUCUGUUCAAGCGCUUCACAGAUGAUCAACCUCGAGUCCACACAUCCCUACUCUACAGGGUGAGGCUGUAAGGCCAGGGGAGCACAGUCCAAUAGUCCAAUGCUGCCCUUGAGAAAAACUUUACAGCAAGUGAACAGAAGAAAAAUACAUCCAUUCACAUAAACACAAGGGGUCUGGGUCUAGGCAGCUGUCUGGUCCUAAAUAUGGUCCCCUUCUUCACCCACUUGACCCACAAGUUCUCUACAUCUCUCUCUGGCCAUUUCUUCUCAGCCCUUUGCUUCUUCCUCUCCCUGGGUCAGCUCAUCCAUCCCCAAGGGCACAAAAACAAGUGUCUUUUCAUAUGUUCAGUGGCCAUCUGGAUUUCUUCUUCUAUAAUUGCCUGUUCAUAUCCUUUACCCAUUUUGCUACUGUACUAUUUGUUGGAUAUGAUAUUAGUUUUCUACUGCUGCCAUAACAAAUUACCAGAAAACACAAAUUUAUUUUGUCAGCAGUCUGACAUAUUUCUCACUGGGUUAAAAUCAAGAGGUUGGCAGGGCUGCAUUCCUUUCUGUAGGCACUGGACAGACUCAUUCCUUGUUUUUCCUGCCUUCGAGAGGCUGCUUACAUUCCUUGGCUACUGGCCUUCUUGGUCCAUCUUCCAAGCUAGCAAAGGCAAGGCAAGUUUCACAUCACAUCAUUCUCUUUUUCACCUCUCUCUUCCACUUUUAAGGACACUUGUAAUUACUUUGGAUAAUCCAAGAUACUCUUCCUAUCUUAAAGUCAGUUGGUUAGCAACUUUAACUCCCCUUUGCCAUAUAAAAUAACAUAUCCACAGGUUCCAGUGAUUACCAUGUGAACACCUUUUGGGGAAAGCAUUAUCCUGCUUACCACAAAUACAACUCGACCUAUUAUGUAUGAUGCAAAUAUUUUCUCCCAAUCUGUAGUUUAUUUCCUAAUUUUAAGGUGACUUUUACUGUAUCAAAGUUUAAAAUUUUAUGUAAUUAAAUCUACCAACAUUUUCCUUUAUGGAAACCAUAAAACACUUUCUCCUAGCACCUUUCACAGUUUUAUAUAUUUAUGUUUAGAUUGUUAAUCUAACUUUUGAGUAUGGUAUGAGGUGAGAAUCUAACUUCCCCCCCAAAGCA